CCCUGGCGGCGGCGGCGGCGAGGACUAACGGCUCGGCUCGCGGCGCUCCGGAAGUGACGUCGCAAAGGCGCCGCGCGGCCCUUAACCAUGGCCCUCGAGGCCGCGGAGCGGCCGUCAGAGGAAACCCUGUUGCUCUGGGAACGGGAACAAGCCCGGCUGAAGACGCGCGUGGUGCCCAGGGACACGGAGGCCUGGCAGCGGGACCCCGCCUUCCCGGGCCUGCGGAGGGUCGGGGGCGUGGACGUGUCCUUCGUCCCGGGGGACAGUUCCCGGGCCUGCGCGUCCCUCGUGGUGCUGAGCUACCCAGAGCUCCAGGUGGUGUAUGAGGACAGCCACAUGGUUCGCCUGAAGGCCCCUUAUGUGUCAGGCUUCCUGGCCUUCCGAGAGGUACCCUUCCUGGUGGAGUUGGUACAGCGGUUGCAGGAGAAGGAGCCAGGCCUCAUGCCCCAGGUCCUGCUUGUGGAUGGAAACGGGGUGCUUCACCAACGAGGCUUUGGGGUGGCCUGCCACCUUGGUGUCCUUACAGAUCUGCCCUGCGUCGGGGUGGCCAAGAAGCUCCUGCAGGUGGAUGGGCUGGAGAACAACUCCCUGCACAAGGAGAAGAUAGUGCUCCUCCAGUCUGGGGGAGACACGUUUCCUCUGAUGGGCAACUCUGGGACUGUCCUGGGAAUGGCCCUGAAGAGCCAUGACCACAGCACCAAGCCCCUCUAUGUCUCUGUGGGCCACAGAAUAAGCCUGGAGGUGGCUGUGCGCCUGACCCACCACUGCUGUAGGUUCCGGAUCCCAGAGCCCAUACGCCAGGCUGACAUCCGCUCCCGAGAGUACAUCCGAAGGACUCUAGGAAACCCUGGGUCUCCUGCACAAGGUCAGGAGAGGCACCAGAAGGAGCAGAGGCCAAAGGCAUGUCCCAAAGGAGGCUCAGGAGCACCUGCAGGUCCAGGCAGGCCACCCGAGGACUGUGGCAGAGACUCCAGCACAGACCUGAAAGACCCCCAGCCAGGCUUCCAAGAGCAGCAGAAGGACCAGCAGUCAGAGGGAACUGGGCCUCAUAAAGACUCAGACCUCUGGCCUCCUCCUGCAGCCCGGGUACAGUCACCACCCUGAGAAGAUGAUCUCUAAUUGCUGUGGGAACUUCACCCACACCACAGGCAGAGCACUGAGCCUCGGAGACAACAGUGGCCUGAACCCCAGGAGGACGCAGCAGGCAUAGUCUAGCUUGGGCCAAUGGCUGCCCAGCCUCCUCCAUCACUGGCUGGCCAGUGUAGUCACCAUGCCCCAGAAGGACCACAUUCCAGACCAGAAAACACACAAGCACCCAGAGUGCACGUGGGCUUCAGGUGCCCAGAGGCCCUAUGUCAGCACCUGCAGCUCCAGCCUCCCCCGUGGAACACAGACCUGGCUCUGGCUUCACUCCUCUA